AUGUCUUCCUCGGAUACGAAUCCAAAUGACACGAUUACGGAUCAACAACAAGAGAAUAGGAAUGUGAAAUCAAUAGAUCUUGAACAGGUGAAACAAAGUCUGAAAGGAUUCAAGCCUGAUCCAACGUAUGUUAGGAAGAGAACAACUCCCCUAGGCAAGCUAUUUGAGGAAAUAUCCAAUUUUAUCGAGGAUGUAUCCGAAGAAGACCCGAUCAAGCAGCUGUAUUCGAAGCUAGACAAUAAGGAUUCUAACGAUGAUCCAGUGAAACAACGAGAAAAGGUAAUUGAUCAGUUACUAUCCUACCUGUUGAAAAUACAUAAUCUUGUUCCCAGGAAUAACCAGACCGAUCUGAUCGCAAUUCCUUUGUAUGACAUGAAGAUAGUGAGCCAGAUAGUGAAUAUCAUUGUUGUGCAAGGUGUAUAUGCCUCUAUACCUCCGGGAAUUGGGUUUCCAUUAGCCAAACGCAGGUUGAAAAAUUUCAAGAUUCCGUUACGAAUCAGCAAGAUCCCAUACCCCAAAGGCCAGACUAUCCUCAAACAUGUGGUGGAUACUUUUGAGACAAUCUACAAGGGAGAUAGUGAUUUGAAAAACUUGGUGCUCGUUGGAACAGGAUACACCGACUCACUAACUUGUUGCAUUUUACUAGCCAAAGAUGAUCCCCAUUACCGAGAAGUUUUCAAGUUCUUGGAGUCCAUCUCCUCUGCAUAUCAGCUGUUUUCACUUUACAGCGUGGUAGUCACCCAACAGCUACAACCAUGGUUCAAACAAUUCAUCAUGACUAGACUUUCUGAUUUGAUAGUGGAAAGAACUCACAACGGUGUCCAGUCUUUGAUUGAGGUUGUGAUGGGUUUGCGGGAAAGCGAGUCUGUGGAUGUGACGAAAAUCGAUGAGGUACUAAAGGUCCUUUUGUCAAGUCGGCCUUCCCAGCUUUCCAAGGCAGAAUAUCUCCAGAUUGUUGGAGACCAACUGUACAAUAUACUGGUUUAUGUGAAUAGACCGAUCUUGAUCUCUGUCGUGACGCAGUUGCUUGAACUCCUUUAUUCAAAGAACCCGUUGAUUGUUCGCGACUUCAUAUUCAAAAAGGUCUGGAAUAUCUUCAAUCCUGAUCUUCGUGGUGAGGCAGAUGAUGAAGACAUCAUGCUUUCCAGCGAAGUCGAGGUCAACAAUGCGUUCAACGUGGUUAUUUCCAUUACUCGAACAUCUGGAAAUGAAGCAUUCACCCGGGAGUUGUUUGAACCUAUCACUGUCCCGUUAUGGGCAUACUUAUUACAUCAGAAGAGAAAGGACAAAGAUUGCAAGUUGAUUGAGAAAGUUUUUGUCCUGGUUCUCUCAAGACCAGACGAUAAACACACAAUUCUGAACAUACUGGUUGACAAUCUUAUGGUGACUCAUGGAAGAACCUGGGAGUUUGAUCUUGGAGACAACGAGUUGACUUACAUUAAAGAAAGACUCGGGUCAUCUGGGAAAGUUGAUCUUCUAGACAGCAUGGAUUUCUCCACUCAAGAGUUUAGAGCCAUUUUGCAGACUGUGGCAGAGAUCGACGAGUCGCAGGUACAAUAUGUGUUUCUGAAAUGUCUUAAAGGAUGGCUGAAUUCCGAUGAAAAGUACCUAGUCAAGGAGGAUGAGAAUCCGUUUACAGGACUUAUUAACUUGAAGGUUCUUGAAAUGCUGAGCGAAACUUUCAAAGAGAGUUUACUCAAAUCUGUUGAUGACACCUUGGAGUUUCUUUACACUGUUCUCAAAGACGAGACAAAGGUGAAGGAGACUGAUCUGAACAUUAUCAAGGAAGAAGAUUCUGACGAUGAACCAGAGGAAAACAGUGAGAACUUCAAAAUUUUGUUUGAGCUGCUCUCCACCAUUAUUACCGACACAAAACUUUCCAGCAAGUCGCUUUCGAUAUUAAAGCAGAUCGAAAACGUUUUAAAACCUAUCAAUGUUCCUCUUGCGAAAAGAGUUGAAACUAUUCUACGCGAAUCGAAGAACAAUCCCGCUCCGGUCGCUGAAGCCAACCAAGAAUUGGAAACCAGACAGAAGGCUAUGAAGAGUUUACUGGACAAUUCUCCUCCUAUCCGUGUUCAUGGUCUGCAACUCUUACGGAAGUUAGUUGAGCUCAAUAGCCCAGUUGUUUCACUUGAUUUUGCAGUUAACCAGCAUCUCAUGCAAUUCAAAGAUCCAGAGCCAUUUGUCUAUUUAAAUGCUAUCAGAGGACUCGAAGAACUUCUGCAAUUUGACUCACAGCUGAUCACCAAAUACGUCAAAAUAUACGGAGACAACAAAAAGAAUCUUGACGAUCGGUUGAAACUGGGUGAGGUCAUCUUACGCUUUAUCAACUUCUCAAGCGAAGCCCUAAAAUACGCUGAAGAAAUAACAACGAAAAUCAUGUCAAUUGUGCGCACAGACUCCAAGGAGGAGAUUAGUAUGAGAAUGUCUGCAAUGUCUCUGCUAGGGUCCUUAUGCCAUAGAGCUCCGCUUUCGAUUCUGAAAUAUUUAGAUGAUAUUAUGGAUUGUGUGUUUGGAAUUUUACAACUAGAAACCAGCAAUGAAGAAGCAGUUAUGAGAAGAUCUGCAAUUGUUCUUGUGAGUGACAUAGUGUCAACUAAGGAUAGCCUUCAUACUUUGGGCAAGUACGGACAGAAAUUAGACGUGGUCCUCAAAUAUACAUCUGACAACGAUAACGAUUAUUUGGUCAGAGAACAAGCUAUGUCGGUUCUUUCGCUUAUAGACGACAAAUUUGCUGAAACAUUUCGCGAUACCAUUAAAACCCAUUAA